AUGCGACGUGUGCUCGGCCCCUACGCUCAUGGCGGAUGGGAAAACCUGUCAAUGAUGAUAGGCUGGUGCUUACAUGUUUACGCGACAGACAAGUCCGCUCCGUUACCAAAGCCUUGGAAUGAUGAAGAUUGGGAAAGGUCUGCGAGGUUACAAGCAUGGGGAGUACCAGCGAUUGUCCCUCCAGCUCUAAUGGGUCUCCCCCGAGGAGACAGUCGAGCCCUGGAUUGGGGACUGUUUCACCAAUGGAUUAAGGAUGAAAAGAGGAUAUUGGGAGAGGCAAAUGGGCCGGCGGAGGCGGAAGACUUUGGAUAUGAGCAGCAAGAUGAUCCAUCCCAAGCAGAGGCAUUCCACGGAGUUGGAAGUAGUACCGAGGAUCCUUAUAGGAGUACUGGAACUCCGUAUAGGAUACUGGAGAACUCAUUCGGGCCCUUGGGGGUGACACACGUAUCGGGAGGACUUGAAGACUUUGGGCCUAUACAGCAGGGUAGUCUUCCUCGGGAGGAGAGACCCUGGCGGGUUGGUAACAGCAGAAAGAGGCCGCGUGAGACAGAAGAGGAUGAAUCGGAGGAAAUACACGGGCUAGGAGGGUCCGACAACUUCGGUGAUAGGAAGCCAAGUAAGAGUAUCCGAGGGGAGGGAUCCAUAAGUGUUGGUAACGACAUGGAGAAGCUGUAUGCCAGCAUCAUGAAUGAGACGGAAGAAGAUACAUCGGAGGAGAUACAUGGCCAAGGAGGGUACGACGACUUUGAGGAUAUGAAACUGAGCACUCAUGCCCUAAAGGAGAUGCUCAAAGGUAUGGAUAGCACAGCGAAGAUGCUAGAUGCCAUGAUCAACCAACUACCCGAGAUGGACUAG